AUGUCCGCAAACGGCGAGACCGUCCCCAAAGACGUGAGCGAGGUGACCGACACUGGCAAAGGCAAGGGCAAAGCGGUGGAGCAACCUGAGUUGAUGGAGGAAGACGAUGUCGAUGAUGAGGAAGAAGAGGAAGAAGAAGAGAUUGAGCAACUCGAAGCCGAAGCCGACGAAGAAGAUGAUGAGAUGGAAGCAAUUGAGCUGGACAACAUUGUCGAAACCCGAACUCGUCGCAAGCAGAUCGAUUGGGCCGAAGCCGAGCAGAAGUCAAAGGACGCCGGCGACGACUUGGAUGACGACGAUGACGACGAUGACGAAGACUUCGAGGAACCCGAAGACGAUGAUGAGGAGAUGAAGGGUUGA